CGUGACCAGAACCGGCCAAUCAGGGAAGUUGUUUCCUGCAGCGUUGCCUGCGCGAUGAAGAUGCGCAACAGAGAUGCAACUCCACAAAAUGCCGUCGGAGGCAAAACCCUUGUUGACAGCUCAAACUGAGAAACCAAACCACUAUUCAUAUUUGAAGGAAUUCCGCGUCGAACAAUGUCCUCUCUUUCUUCAGCACAAAUGUACACAACACAGACCUUUCACUUGUUUCCACUGGCAUUUCAUGAACCAGCGGCGACGUAGACCUGUCAGAAAACGAGAUGGAUCCUUCAACUAUAGUGCUGACAAUUAUUGCACCAAAUAUGACGAAACUACUGGUCUCUGUCCUGAAGGAGACGAAUGUCCCUUUCUUCACCGCACAGCUGGCGACACAGAGCGCCGUUACCACCUGCGUUACUACAAGACUUGCAUGUGCGUACAUGACACAGAUUCACGCGGUUUCUGCGUCAAGAAUGGGCCACACUGUGCAUUUGCGCAUGGUAACCAGGACUUGCGUCCACCCGUCUAUGACAUUAAAGAGAUACAGAACUACCUGUUCCAGGCCCUAGAGACACCUGAUGGCGACAAUGCCUCUUGUAACGGACCAAAUGUUCUGGAUAAGGAGCGCAACCUCAUGAAUGAAGACCCCAAGUGGCAAGACACGAACUACGUCCUCUCCAGUUACAAGACUGAAGCUUGCAAGCGUCCACCACGUCUCUGUCGUCAAGGUUAUGCAUGUCCGCAAUACCACAACAGCAGGGAUAAACGACGUAGCCCUCGGAAGUUUAAAUACAGAUCUACACCAUGCCCGGAUGUCAGGCAUGGAGAUGAGUGGGGAGAGCCGGGCAACUGCGCUGCGGGAGAUCUCUGUGGGUACUGUCACACCCGCACGGAGCAGCAGUUCCAUCCGGAGAUAUAUAAGAGUACCAAGUGCAAUGAUGUACAACAGGCUGGCUAUUGUCCACGUGGUGUAUUCUGCGCCUUUGCACAUGUUGACCAGGAGAUGAGCAUAGCUCGAGAGUUGGCCGCGCCGCUGGAUGCUGGCACCAAUCUUGCAGAUAUUCUCUCCAACGUUCUGCCCAAGAGAGAUCAGAAGUCCAGCGAGUCUUCUAACGGCAGUGGGGAGAUGUCGGAAUGUGCCAGUACCAGCAGCCUGGGUUCCAACAGCUCCAGCAAAGCUCCAGGAGCUAACCGUCACUCCUUCUGUCAGCAGCCACAACAUGAGGCUAUCCAGCAGGAAAUUCUCCGCAAACAGCUACAGGCUAUUGACUCUGACCCUCUUCUGGACGUGUUGGAGAAGAAUCAGCAGAAACAACGGCUCCUUGUGGCACUCAACAUGACUAAUCAUCAUAGUCUCAACAAUCAUUCAAACCUCAUCCCUCUGUCACCUCACUUUUCUUUCAACCCAUGUGAGACGUUGUGUGAGUCUGUUGUUGGUAAUGCUCUGGAAGAUCUUCAUUUAGAUGAACCUUUGGGUCUAGUGGCAUCCAUAGAUCGGGACUUUGAAACUGAUUCUCCUACAGUAUCAAAUUCCAUAUCAGCUGGUCUUGCAAGUUCAGGUAUCCUAGGAAGUUCUGCACCCGUUAAUAUCCCUGGUAGUGGACACAACAGUCUGGGACAGUUCUCGCCUUCUGCAUCAUCCCCUCUACACCAUUUACAUUCAGGGUUCCUAUCAGCCUCCAGGUUCUCCCACCAGGACCAGUUGGACUCGGGUGGGCUGUUUAUGAACAACAUUGGCCAUAACCAUGGGCUGAGCAGCUCUGCUAGCAAACUGGGCAGCACUCUCUAUGACUUCAAUAUGUCACCCAGUUCCCAUUCUCCACUCAUCAAUAACUUCCCUGUCAGUCCCCGGGUGGGCAGCGGCAGCUAUGAUCAAGGAACCAACAGGAAUAAGUUGUUGUCCUGGGAGGAAAGGGUGAGUCAGGCGAGAGUAGCUUGGCAGAGAGAGUGUGAAGAAGCCCAGAGGAAAGCCAGUAUAGCAGAACAACAAAGGGAUGAAGCAAUAUCACAGGCAAAGGCUCUACAGCAGGAGGUGGACCUAUUGCAAGGUUCACCGUACCUGCACGGACUACGAAGAAUAUCGGAACUGAGGAACCUAUCAUUGGCCACACUCAAGUCUCUGCAGUCACAACUGAGAAGUGACCUUGAAGAGAUUGACAAGGUCCUGUAUCUUCAAACUGCAACCAAGUGUAUGGUCUGCGAAGAGCGCAAUCGCUCAGUAACACUAGGUCCUUGCAACCAUUUUGUGCUCUGCUCAGUCUGCGCUCCACAGCAGCAAGACUGCCCUUACUGUCAGGCGCCCAUCAUCGCUCACACACGAUCUAACCUCACGUAAGCGCGGGGUCGUAGGCACGUUCGUUGGGUCAAAACGCUAUUUUCGCCAUAGUACUCAUUCGAAUGAAACAGGAUAGAACUUUGGUGGUGAGGAGGAAAAAGAUUUUAAUUGAGGGAUUUUUUUUUCAUAACAUUAGUUCUUAAUAUAAAAAGGUUUUACUCAGUGGAAAGGGUUCUAUAGCAAUGAUCAGUGGUGUGAACCCACGAUAGUUUAUAAAAGUAACUCACAAAAUGCAAUGGAUGUUUUUCUCAUUAGCUGUGCUAUGGUAAAUAAAUACAGUCUAAUUCCCUACUCUGCUAUUUUGAUGACUUUUGUAAUUGCUUUAUUUAAUAUUCUUUUGUAUCAAUCAGUAUGAUUUUUUAUUAGUAUUAGUACUAUGGUAAUAAAGUAAAAUAUUUUUUAUUGACACAUUUUUAGAACUUUUAGGAUUAUUUUACUGUCUGCUGAUUCAGGUUUUUUACAUAUUGUUGCAUUUAUUUUAUUUCUUAAACAUAGUGGUAUUUUACUUCUAAACCUACAUGAAACCUUAAGUGUUUUCCCCUCAAUUAUUUACUGUAUAGCAGAUCAAAUAUAUUUGUACAAUAAAUUAUAAAAUUAAUCCCAAAUUUGUGUGUUAAAAUAAAUGCUAUAAUCAGCCAAUCUCUUGCAUGAGACAAAUUUUGUACAAAUAAUUGAGUUUUUAAUUUUCUUUCUGGCUUUACUAAUUGAUUAUUCAUGUUCCAAAUAAGUAUUACCUUAUAAAUGUGGCUUUGCUGUUCAAAUCACACCCUAUUAAUUCAAAUCUUAUUAUACUAUUUAUUAAUCAUAAAUAGGUUUCGGCAUGAAAAGCAAACGUUGUGUAUGGAUUAUUUAGUUUGUUUGGUAUAUUGGCAUAAUUGUUUUAUUACUUCUGACAUUGCUAUUUUUGUAUUAUGCUUUUGAAAUAAAUAAUUUUUAAAGUGUACCAAAGAAACACUACACUAAGAAGACCUCUUAAUCUUAAUAAAUUUAAAUUAUAAUUAUUCAGCUUAAUUUUCAUUCUUGUAUGUUCAUCUGACAUGUUCAUUAAUUGCUCAAUGUGGCACAUGGGAACUUCUCAGAUCGUACAUGCAUACAUUGUUUUGAUGUUUUAACAUCUAUGAAGUACUUAGAAUAAUAUCAAUCGAUAUAAAAAAUGUACUUGUGUCCUAUUUGAAUUUGAUGAAUCAUCUGUAUUUUGAUUACUACACAAUAAUCAUUGGAAAUAAAAACUAAUAUUACAUAAUUUGAUUUUCUCAUAAUAAGGUUUAAUGGUAGAGAUUAGCCUACUCUUGAUUCUUGAAUCGCCAGAUUCCUGCAAUAAUGACUUAUGCUUCAAAACUUACAUUUAGUAUAAAUAUAUAAAAAUCAUUUGGGUAGGUUGUCAAAGUGUCUCAGUUGAGAACUGUAACUUAAGAAAUUCAAAUAGUAUGUUCUUUUUUCGAAUUUAUUUCUAAGGUGAUACAAUUUCAAUUCUAAUAAUAUUAUUGUUUUGCAGUUUCUGAAAUUGGCGUAAAGAUUUGCAAAGAUAUAUACAUGCAAUUUUAGUUUCUUGGAACUGAGAUACUAAAUAUAUCUAUAUAUUGUUAUACACAAACACAAAAUUCUAUUUUACACAUAUCUGAGACAUUCCAAUGGUCUUUGCUUAUAUGUGUUUUUUAUUCAGCACAUAGUUUAUUAUCAUCAUCAGAAUUAGGAUUAAAAUUUUUUAAUGAAUUUCAAAUGUAACCAUAUCAACAGUUAAAAAAGCCAAAUUAUACCAACAACGAAAUUUCUGAAAACAGUUUUAUUUAAUGUACAAAAUUUCCCCAAAAAUACAAGAUAUUUUACUCAUAAUCUUUACAUUUAGAUAUAAAUAAAAGUAGGAAAAUGUAUUUUAGCUGUGAAACUAAAUAUAAUUGCCAAGAAUUU